GUAAACCCCUGUUACGCCUGUACGCCUAUUAUGUACGUCGAUGACGACGAGCCGCAAAGGCCAAACCCAAACCCAAACAAGCUUCAAGUACCGCUCUCCAAGCCAAAAGUGGACGCUACUUCACUUUAGCUCAUACCAUCGGUGCAUCGAAAGCGAUCUGGACAUGUCAGAUUUAUAUCGCGAAUAAGGCUUAGCCAUCUAACUUUUGAUUAAUGCUACCUUCUUACAUUUUAUCAUUAGUCACAACUUUUCCCUUCGUGCCUUUUUCUUUAUUUUUAUUUUUAUCGUUUUGUCACAUCGUUACGCCGUCACGGUUGCACGCGCAAGUUGAUUCAACCCGCCUAAAGACCUCAAAAUCGAACCUUUAACUCCUUCCUAAUCAUCUCUUCAUUGAUACGUAUCUGCGGUAACCGACGGACCCGAUCGCAUCAGCCGGAUCCCUUUCUACAACAUGAAAAUCCCAACAAUGUAUGCGGCAGAUGCCGUAUUGCUUCUAUCCUUAGCACUAGCUCCUCUACCGGCAGCCUCCAUGCUCGACUGCGGAACGAUCGUUGCUGAUAAGCAAAAAUUCAACCUCAAGCCUCUUGGUGGCCCUCACUCCAUCGUCACGAGUCGCAUCUUGGACGGGAAAGUCCAUAACAUGACAUAUACCGUAGAUAUUUGUCGAUCGUUGGGCAAGAAGAAAGGUGCGAAGAAGGGCGAAGAAUGUCCUAACGGAACUCGAGUAUGCGCCAUCAAACGCGUAGACGACCAUGUCGAUAAAGCCAUCCCCAUCGCCGGUGAUCUGCGAAACUUUGGCGGAGGCGACUUAGAUCACGAAGUUACACGACUCAAGACCUCGGACUCUAAUUCGGACUCGAAGAAAGAGGGCGUGCUCCUGGUGAUGAAGGGCGGUUUUGACAGAACGGAUAGCGGCGUGAGGCGAGACCAGAGAGCUAUCAUAGAAUUUCUCUGCGACAAAGAUCGAAACGGAACCGAAGGCGAAUACGAUCCCGCCGACGAUAAAUAUGAGCCUAACCCCAACCCCGAACCCGCUAUGGCUCGGUUGAACCCUCUCCUAUUUCGAGCUGAGGACGGUGACGGAAAUGGUGGGGAUGGCGAUGGCAACGGAGACGGAGGCGGAGACGGCGAUAAUGAGCCGCCUAAAGAAGUCCAAAUAGGCAUUGAGAACGACCCGAGUUUGAAAUUUAUUAGUUACGAACCGCUGACCCAGGAUGGAAAUAUCGACGUCCUACGGUUGACCUGGUCAUCUAAAUAUGCCUGCGAAAAUAGGGACAACGACGGCUCGGAAGAGGAGCCAAGUUCGCACUGGGGUUUCUUUACGUGGUUGGUUAUCAUCGUAUUCCUUGGAACUGCGGCGUAUCUCAUCUUCGGUUCGUGGCUCAACUACAACCGCUACGGGGCUCGAGGUUGGGAUCUCAUCCCGCACGGCGACACCAUCCGCGACAUUCCGUACCUGCUGAAGGACUGGACUAGGAGGGUGCUCAACACGGUGCAAGGGAGCGGGAGUCGGGGAGGCUACAGCGCCGUCUGAGUGCGGCGAGGAGUGCGAUAUGAAUGGUUUUGGACUUUCAGAAUACAAGAUAGCCGUUCCAUGCGGAACCUUUAAUGGUGGUGCUCAUACAGUUCUCUCGGCGUUUGGCGGUGGCAUAUGGGUUGGCCUAGAGCCAUGCGUGAUGCAAUUCGUUCUAUUAUAAACUAGGAAAGUAGAAAUGGAUUUGUAAUGUUAUUUCUGUGUUACUCCCGUUACCUCGUGCGCACGCUCUAUUGAGAAUUGGUAUUGUUGAAAGGUAGAGAGCUAUGAAACGGUAUAUCAUGAGCAACUUACAUGAAUUGUCUCCUCGAAAGUUGUCGGUUUUGUAUAAUAGUCCCGUAUUGCCGGUGAAUUUAGGUACUUAUACUAUAUA